GUGCAUCUUCAUCUCAGGCAAAGAAUCACUGCGAGCCUGGCAUUGCAAAGUCACAUUCACGGCCCUUGUUGUUUCCAGCUGUUGAAUAUUGUCCUCGAUAUCUGCAGCUGGAUUUCUUAUGUUUGUCUUUUCCUCGACGCACUCAUAGGAUCUUCUCUUCUUCCUUCGUCUUCGCUCUUUCGUUGCCAUUGAAGGAGAACCCCUCCUCCUCCAUCAUCCUCCAUCAUGCGCCCACCCUCGAGUCCCUCGAAUGCUAUACUGAGGAGCCUAGGAAGAGCUCUUCGAGACCAGCAGCGUCAUCCAGUGCUUCAUUCCUCACCAAGGCAUAUCCGAUUUGCUGCUACCUUUACACAUCCUCAACAUGCCCAGGCAAUCUCGGUCCUCCCCACCGCAGUCGACAAGUCCAGCCCAGAUUUCAAGGACAAUGCCGCCCAAUUGACCGAUAUCAUGAACAAGUACUCUGAACUGCAUAAAAAAAUCCAGUUAGGCGGGCCACAGAAAGCACGAGACAAGCAUAUUCAGCGAGGCAAGAUGCUCGCACGAGACAGAAUUACUGCCUUGAUAGAUCCCGGUAGCCAAUUCCUCGAAUUGUCUCCAUUGGCCGCCCACGAGAUGUACGAGGAUGAAAUCACAGCCGCGGGUCUCAUUACUGGUGUUGGGACUGUCGAAGGCGUCACCUGUAUGAUUGUCGCCAACGAUGCCACCGUCAAAGGCGGCACCUACUAUCCCAUGACAAUCAAAAAGCAUCUGCGUGCUCAGGAGAUCGCCGAGCAGAACAAACUUCCCUGCAUUUACCUUGUCGACUCUGGCGGUGCCAAUCUUCCCAACCAGAAAGAUGUUUUCCCGGACAGAGACCACUUUGGCCGCAUCUUCUACAACCAGGCCAACAUGAGUGCUCAGGGCAUUCCCCAGAUCGCCGUGGUGAUGGGGCCUUGUACUGCUGGUGGCGCAUACGUGCCUGCCAUGUGUGACGAAUCAAUCAUUGUCGAAAAACAAGGCACCAUUUUUCUUGCAGGGCCGCCUCUAGUCAAGGCAGCUACCGGUGAAGUCGUUUCGGCAGAGGAUCUAGGUGGUGGACAGCUCCACAGCUCCGUCUCUGGUGUCACUGAUUAUCUGGCCGUCGAUGACGCUCAUGCCCUUGUGCUUGCUCGACGCUCAGUGUCCAAUCUCAACUAUCCCAAGGAACAGCCGGCCCCAUUUGAAGUGCGCGAACCCCUGUAUGACCCCGAAGAGCUCACAGGCAUUGUCGGCACCAACCUCCGCAAGCAAAUCCCCAUGCACGAAAUCAUCGCCCGCAUUGUCGAUGGUAGCGAGUUUGCAGAGUUCAAAAAGGACUACGGCUCAUCCCUCCUGACGGGCUUUGCAAAGAUCUACGGCCACCAGGUCGGAAUAAUUGCCAACAACGGUAUCCUGUUCUCUGAAUCCUCUCUCAAAGGAGCCCACUUCAUCGAACUGUGCUGCCAACGCAACAUUCCCCUCGUCUUUCUCCAAAACAUCAGCGGCUUCAUGGUAGGCGCCGAUGCGGAAAAAGGAGGUAUCGCAAAGAACGGCGCAAAGCUAGUCACCGCAGUCGCGUGUGCAAAUGUACCCAAAUUUACUGUAGUCGUGGGCUCCAGCGCUGGAGCUGGCAACUAUGGCAUGUGCGGUCGUGCUUACUCGCCACGAUUCCUGUGGAUGUGGCCAAACGCCAAGAUUGGCGUCAUGGGUGCUGAUCAGCUUACCGCCGUCAUGGAGACGGUUGGCAAGUCGGUUGAUCCUGAGUUAAGAGACCGGAUUGAACGUGAGAGUGAUGCUGCAUUCUCGAGCGCCCGCCUGUGGGACGACGGUGUUAUCCCACCCGCACAGACACGGCACAUGCUCGGUCUAGGGUUGAAGGCUGCCCUUGGAGGAACUUCGGAAAGUGUCAAGACCAAGUUUGGCGUGUUCCGCAUGUAGAAAGCGUGGGCGUGCAAAUGGGUUGAUGUUGUUCUCGAUAAACCAACACCAUGGUUGUUGAUUCGUCGUCUAUCGGGGCCUAUCGCCACCAAGAGAUGGAUAGGAUGGCUAGCAGGGGCUCAAACGGGGCGUGUUACAAUCUUGGAAAUCAAUUCAUUGGUGCAUCCAUACCUGGACGGACGUGAGUCGAGUGGUUACAAGAUGACACAUCGGUCACGAGUGCGGCCCUUCCGUCCAGCUCUUCGGUCAUGUCGAUUGGGUCGAUCCCUGCGUCGAGCCGCCAGCUGUUGCUCAUACAUCUGAGUUCGACUGGUGUCUUUGGCGAUGAUCUGGGCGCAGAGGUUGUGAAAGACUUCGUCGACAUUACGCCGCAGUCGAGCUGAUGUCUCGAAAUAGGGUUUCUGUCCCCAUUGUUGUGCCUGGUUCAGAGCUCGUUCUCGGGACACGACCCUCUCGUCGUCCAUGUCGGAUUUGUUGCCAACCACGACUAGAGGAAUAUCUUCGUCGUCCUUGAUACGAAUGAUUUGUUCUCGCAGCUCGGCCAGCUCGUAAAAGGAGUUCAUGUUGCAGAUGGAGAAGACAAGGAGAAACCCGUGGCCUUGUCUCAUGUAGAGUUCUCGCAUGGCGGUGAAUUGUUCGGUGCCAGCCGUGUCUAGACUAGAAUGUGGUGAAACAAAAGCAAUGUUAGCUGACGGGACAGGGACGGGAACGUGGUUUGGAUGAAAAGAGAUAUAGUUCCAUUGCGUGUAACAUGAAAUGAAGAA